GAUCGUACAGUACCAAAACGCUGCCACGCUGUCGCGUCAGUUGGAGGUUGAUCACGAGCGAGAACGGAUGUGACUGACGGUGACGAUCGUGUUUGAGUUGAAUGUAGGAUUGUCGCGAUCGCGCGCGCGUAUAUGUGUGUGUAUUGCGAGAGCGUAUUUGGUGUUCCCUAAAAUAGUUUAUGUGAGACUUUGUGUGAUUGAGUGACAGUUAAUUGCUUAAAUUGCUCCGCUUUGAUGAUUAGCUGGCGCAAAAGGUGAAGAGGGAGUCGUUUUUGUGUGUUGUGGGUGAAUACUUUGUGCGUGUAAAGUGUACGAGAGCGAGGACUGUCUGUGCGUGUGUGUUUGUUAGUGGGCUGCCCGGCAAACUAUGUCCGGUGAACGUUCGGCCAACUCUCCAAUGCUUAUACUGGACAUUAGUGGAGCCGGUUCCGGUGCUGCACCUUCCAACAAUUCACCCUACACGAUGAAGAAACCGUCCUCCAACAACGUUUCUCCAGCAAAGCUGAAAGAGGAACAGUACGAUGAGGCAGACAAACAGCACCAGCAGCAGCUGCAACAGAGCCCAUUGGGUGUAAGAUAUCAUGCCGCAGCUCAUCAGCAACAUCUUCAAGUUCGCAAUCUGCCCGAUCUGCAUCCAAUCCAUCCGGCCACUGGUGGACAGCAUCGAGAGCCUCAUGAUCAGGACGGCCAUCAGAACCCAGAUUUUGGUGUGCUAAUGUCCCAACCGACAUCCACAAACGCACCAGCGGGAGAUGUCCCUACCUCGCACCCGGUUUACUUUUACCCAACCUCAGCGCCAACGGAGACAACGGUCAACUCGCGCGUUGCCUUUCCAAUGCUCCAGAGCUACGGCGUCCAGAACGUGCUGGAGCAACCGCAAACACAGCCAGCGCUUGACACGUUGCCCUCCAUCCUGGCGACUUACUCUACCUCCUGCGAGAGCGCUAAGAAGCGCCGAAUGCUCGAUGCGGACUAUGACUACGAGUUUGAUCAGAGUUCGCUCAGCCCGGAUGGUUAUCAGCCGGAAAAGCGGACGCGCUACGACACAAACUACGGUGGAUGGGCGUACGCUCCAGGGACGCCUGUGCCGCAGGAGUACAGCCACUCGAACGGCCCAAUCGCUUACGGUGGUAGUGAGCUGCUAAUGUCCCGUGCUAAUGGAACGCACGGCGGACAAGCCUUGAACGGGCUGGAUGCGGAUGAAUCUUCCUCCAAUGGGUCGUGCAAUGUGACCGGAUGCCACUGUGAGACGAUCCAGAUGAAGCCGAUGAUGUACGUAUCGGAAACGGCUGCUACUUAUGAGUCAUCGGGUGUCGUUUACUACCAUCCAGCUGGUCAUCACCAUCAACAUCAGGAGCAGAUACAAACGAUCGUACCUACUCAUGCCCCAAUCGAUACGACACCAACCCACAGCCCGAUCGGUGCCGACAGUUCCCUGUCCGUGUGUUCCGGCUCUCCCCUAAAGCUGGACGAAUCGAGCUGUUCGGUGGGAAAGUACGGGCAGGAUCGAGCACAACCAACGACCGUCGCCAUGCUCGAGCCUACGGCUGGUGAGCAAGCAAUCUCCCCUACCAGUACGAGCGGUGCAGACCCACAGACCGUCGGUUCCGUUGGUGGAACCAGCCGCAAACCACGCGCCGGCCGUAUCCGGAAGCGAAGCGUAAAGGAAUCGGUCAGCUAUCAGGAGGUCCAGAGCCAGCGGGUGAUUGCGAACGUGCGCGAACGGCAGCGGACGCAAAGCUUGAACGAAGCGUUUGCUUCGCUGCGCAAAAUCAUUCCAACGCUGCCGAGCGACAAGCUGAGCAAGAUACAGACGCUCCGGCUAGCUUCCAGGUAUAUUGACUUCCUGUACCGGGUACUGUCCAACAACGAGAUGCCGGCGAUGCGCGAGGAGCACAAAAAUAUGGCCGUUUCCGGUGGCAAUCUGCAGUUCAGUGGCAGUGGCAUACUGGCCCACGAGAAGCUUAGCUAUCUGUUCAGCGUUUGGCGAAUGGAGGGCGAUUGGAGCAACGGAUCGGCCGGUGGCGAUGGUGUGGAGAUGGGCGAGAGUGGUGAUGGUGGUGGCAAGGAAUGACUAGACGGGCGGUUCCGGUUUCGAUGAAGCCGGAACUACAAAGACAGGAGGUACAAAUGGGAUGGGCGGAUGAGUGCCUUUUAUAAUAGUUGGUAAGGUAUUAUAACGUUUAACGUUACGAUUUCGGUUUCGGACAGGAUCGAUUCUGUGUUCCAUUACCUCGAAUCUUCGCGAUCACGUGCGAUGCGGAGUGGAAAUGAGGGUAAAGUAAAGUAUUAUACGUUCGUAGGGGAGAGAGAGUGAGAGGAUGUUGACGCUCUUUUGAUUUGCUUACAAUCAUUUGCUACACUCUCCAAUAGUUGUACAAGGCUUAUAAAAAGUCAGUGUGCGAGAGAGAGAGAGAAAGAGUGAGAGUGAGAGAGAGGUUAUCACUGUGCAAAACAAGUAACGGCUAGUUUCCAAAGAGCAUAAUAAGAUUAAAUAGAGAUACAAGUAAAAACAAGCUAAAUCCUCUCCAUGACAUAAACGAACAAACUAAAAUGUGAGGUAAAGAUCACAGAAAAAAGGAAGUAAAAUGUUUAGUAAAACAAACACGGAAAAAAGAAGAACAAGAGCUGCAAAACACAGGAAAACAAAACACAUUUCCAUAAGAUUAAGAGAAGAGUAAAAUAAGUUAAAUGGAAACUUAAGUAUAACAUAUGAACAUAACAUGAGCCAAACGAAAAGGUUUAUGGCACAUGUAAAUUAUGUCGUAUAACAAUUGUCGUAUAACAGUUGUCGUAUAACUACUCUAUUAGAGUUGUUCUAUUAAUUUGUUUAGUGUAGAAAAGCACAAGUUUAUAUUCCAACUGACUAUUCCUAUCUUUAUGCAUUUACCUAUCUUGUUUACUGCAUCUCAAUCGACCCAGUUCGGCCUCGACAUUCGAACGGUGGACAUGAUUGAGCUUGGAAGUAGAACAGACACACACACAGAGGAAUUUGGCUCGUAACUUGCUGAUAUACCUCGAGUAUAUGAAGUGCAUAGUUAUAUUAAGACCGAUUCAAUGUUCUGUUUGUGUUCGUUUCCAGUUCUUUUAAUGUACAGUUAAGUUUAAUGGUUUCAAUUCCUACAUUUUCAAUGUUUUGUAUAGAGCUUAAGUUUUUGUUUUUUAAUGUUAUUUUUUAGCUUUUAAUAAGCUUAGAAACUAAUUACUAUUAAAUGCUUUUGAAUCAUAAGAAUCUUCUACUAUACAAGCCACUUUCGAAAGAGUGCCACGUAUGUAUCUAGAAUCGUAAGCAGAGAGAAAGAGAGAGAGAGAGAGCAAACGUUUCAACAGUAAGCCCAGCUCAGCCAAAUUCCAAUCGAAGCUAAAUUAGUGUCUUAAGUCAGCAAUAGGUCAGCACAGAGCCGCGGUGGCGUGGUGUGAGUUGCGAUUGCAUCAUCUCCGCCCCGACCCCCUUAUGGCUACAUACACACUUGCCACUAUUCCGAACACAGUGCGAGAAUAAACUACCUAAAUGGGAUUUUAAAAAUAA